GAGGCACCAAUACCACGGUUGCCCCUCACCCUGCCCCAGCCCCGUGCUUAGCUUGGCUCUUUCUUCUCCUGCCUUGCCUUCCCUCGCCCCACCGUCCCCAGACCCCCCUCUCCAAAGCUGCCACACCGGCAGCUCCAAAUUCCCCAACACCUGUAAGCUCAUGAUUUAUUUUUAUUAUUUUUCAUCAAGGUUUGGAUGAUUUUAACUCAUUGUGGACAUGUGCAUGACAUGAGCGAGGCCUUGACGACCCAGUGGAAAUGGAAUAAUUCACUAAGUGGGAUAUUUUUUCUUUUUUAUUAAUGUAAAAUUGACAUUGAUUGGAUUUACUGACACCAAUCGGUCCCGCAUGAGGAGGCUUUGCCCGAACUGAAAGGAUCCCACCUGAAACAGUCUCCACCUCGCCAUGGCCGAAGGGGCCAAACCGGCCUCUGUCCCCGCAGCCGGCGGGUCGGCUGGAGCAGCAGCAGCACAGACGGGCUUCAUCAGGUCAAAAUGUCUGGGCCUGCUCAGGAAGCUGAAGCUGUCUGUGGAGCUGCUCAUCGCCCUGGCCGCUCUGCUCUCCUGGGUGGUUGUCGGUGUGGUGAUGUUCGACUUCGUGGAAUACAAGGCCGUCCCCGACGUGCAGCAGAUUAUCUCAGAUCCCGUUGGAGCGGUGAACGACGCAGUGGAGGAAGUCUCCAGCCUACUCAACAAGUUUCAAGAAUGUGCUCCUGAUUUAAGCGACCCGCAGUCUGCAGCCAUUUAUGCAGUCGAAGAAAUAGCUGAAGCGAGAGACGGAUUUGUUCGAUAUUUUUCAGAUGAGGACGGCACCUUCUACCUCAGCUACGUUGACCCUGUGGUUAUCGGCAGACGGGUUUUCCAUUCAACAGACGACUUGAUAAGCGGCACGGUGGGAUCUGUCAGGGAUGCGCUAUGCGGCAUUGUGGAUACAAUAUUGGAAACAAUACUGGAUAUAAGUAAAGGGAAAAUUGACCUGAGCUACAUUGACCCGGUUGUGAUAGGCAGACAUGUAUUUAACGUUACUAACGGGUUCGUGUGUGGAGUGGUGGGCGGCAUCCAGGAUGUGCUCUGUUCCGUACUGGACACUGUAAUCGAUGUAGUGAAAGGAACGGUUGACAUCAGCUUCAUGGACCCGGUGGUGAUCGGCAGAAACAUCUUCAAUGUUACAAACGACACAGUGGGUGGAAUAGUGGGAUACGUCCAGGAUGUGCUCUGUGCCGUCGCAGACAGCGUACUCGACAUAAUUAAAGGAACAACUGACAUUAGCUUCAUUGACCCUGUGGUUAUUGGCAGAAAUGCCUUCAGUGUUACUAAUGACUUUGUGAGUGGAAUAUCUGGAUACAUCCAGGGUGUGCUCUGUGCAAUUCUUGAUGUGAUACUGGACUUACUCCAAGGUGUCCAGCAGACGGUGGGAUUCAGUCCCACGUCGGUCCUGAAGUCAACUGCAGAAAUCGCCACAGAUCAGAUAAACAUGAUAGUGAACUACAUCUCCACAACUCUGACUGGGGAAGAAGGAAUCUUGCCUGAAGUGUCCAUUGACCCCAUGAAGGUCGUUGAAGAUGCCGUGUUGGAGUUCUCAGACAAGAAGGACGUGUUCCUGGCCUACAUGUCGAGUAUGAUUGUUGGUGAUCAAGGCGAACCUGUUGCUACUCCCGUCGUAAACAUCGUGACUGACAAAGAUCAAUCAACUGGUGAGCCAUCUGAAAUUCACUUGGUGAGGAGGAAAGGUGAAUUUCUUCCUCCAGCUGACAAAGCUGCAGAACUCGAAAGUGAGAAGAAAAUUGAGGCUAAACCCAAACUUCAAGACACUGUAGUUACAAAACCCAAAGAAUCAAAGCCAAAGAAAGAAGCCAAGUCCCUGGAGAAGAAAGAAAAACAACUGAAAGAAGAAAAGCCUCUCAAAGAAAAGAAACUUCUUAAAGAGGAGAAAGAGGUCAAGAAACCCAAAGCAGAGAGAGAAGUGAAGAAAACAGAAAAGGAAAAGGCAAAAGAAAAGAAAAUAGCCAAAGAAGAGGCAGAAGGCAAGCGACCGCCCAAAGAAAAAGCUGAUGCCAAAAAACCAACCCAAGUGAAGAAAACAGUCAAGAAACCUCCAAAAGAAAAGGUAGAGAUCAAGAAACUUCUUAGAGAUGAGAAAGAAAAACAGAAAGAGUCUAAAGAAGUUAAAGACCGAAAGAAACCAGCCAAACUGGAGAAAGAAGAGAAGAAACUACCUAAAGAAAAGGCAGAAGUCAAGAAACCAAUCAAAGAAAAGAAAGAAGUCAAACUACCUCCUAAAAAAGAGGUAGAUGUCAAGAAACUUCUCAAAGAUGAUCAACAAAUACAGAAACAGCCUAAAGAAGCAGAAGACAUUAAGAAACCAAGUAAACUGGAGAAAGAAGAGAAGAAACUACCUAAAGAAAAGGCAGAAGUCAAGAAACCAAUCAAGGAAGAGAAAGAAGUCAAACAACCUCCUAAAAAAGAGGUAGAUGUCAAGAAGCUUCUCAAAGAUGACCAAGAAAUAAAGAAAGAGCCUAAAGAAGCGCAAGACAUUAAGAAACCAGCCAAACUGGAGAAAGAAGAGAAGAAACUACCCAAAGAAAAGGCAGAUGUCAAGAAACCAAUCAAAGAAAAGAAAGAAGUCAAACAACCUCCUAAAAAAGAGGUAGAUGUCAAGAAGCUUCUCAAAGAUGAUCAAGAAAUAAAGAAAGAGCCUAAAGAAGUGCAAGACAUCAAGAAACCAGCCAAACUGGAGAAAAAAGAGAAGAAACUACCCAAAGAAAAGACAGAUGUCAAGAGACCAAUUAAAGAAAAGAAAGAAGUCAAACAACCUCCUAAAAAAGAGGUAGAAGUCAAGAAACUUCUCAAGGAUGAGCAAAAAAUAGACAAACCAAGUGAAGUAAAGAAAGAAGUUAAGCAACCCAAAGAAGUGAAAAAAGUCAAAGAAUCCCUCAAGGUAAAGGCAAAGGUCAAGAGGCCAACUAAAGAAGAGGCUGAAGACAAGACACCAGCCAAGGAGGAGAAAGAAAUAACAAAAUAUGCGAAAGAAGAAGUGAAGAAACUUCUUAAAGAAGAGAAAUUAGUCAAAGCACUAAUCAAAGAAGUGAAAGAAGUCAAGAAACCUGCAAAAGAAAAGAAAGAGGUCACAAAGCCUCCUAAAGAGAAAAUAGGAGUCAAGAAACCUCAAGAAAAAAGAGACGUUGAUACACAGAAGAAACAACAGGCAAAAGUCAAGAAAUCUCUUAAAGCAGAGAAAGAAAUCAAACCACGUACAGAAGAAGUGAAGACACCACCUAAAGAGAAGUUAGCUAUCGAAAAACAUGUAAAUAAGACAAGAAAACCAUCUAAAGAGACAGAACUAGAGAAACCCCAUAAAAAAGACAAAGAUAUAACACCGCCCAAAGAAAAGGCAGAGGUCCAGAAAAAUAUUACAGGAGCAAUCAAGACAGCUCCGAAAGAAAAGCUGGAUGUCAAAAAGCUUCUCAAAGAUAAGCAAGUCAUCACAAAAUCACUGAAAAUACAUGAACUGGUUAAAAAACCUGUCAAAGAGAAAGAAGAAGUCAAGAAACCAACAGAAGAUGAAAAAGAGGUCAAAGAACCACCAAAAGAAAAGAAAGAAGCCAAAACACCUGACAAAAAGGAGCAACAAAUAAAGAAAUCACUUAAAAAAGAGACUAAAGAAGCCAAAAAGACUCCCACAGAAGAAAAAGUUGUCAAGAAGCCGCCUCAGAAAAAGCAAGAAACCCUUGCAGAGAUAGAGAUGAAACAUGAAGCAAUGAAAGAUGAAAAGCCUUCCAAAGAAAAGACAGAGGCAAUUUUCAAACAACGAAAGACAACAAAGGCAUCUAAAGAACAAGAAGUAGGCAAGACAACUUCAAAAGAACCGAAGAAGGUCAAUGUGACAGAAGAAGCUGUUAAAGCUCCAAAGGUGGCUGCCACACCAGACCUCGUAAAGAAAGAGGCUGCUGACAAGGAGCCUAAGAAGGAACUAAAGCAAAAAAUAGAAGCUAAACCUGUAAAACCAGCAGAAGUUAAAGUAUCUGCACCAAAGGCCAAGCCUGUUCAAAAAGAUGCAGCCGUUUCUAAACCAAAGGCGAAGGAAGGUCCUCCAAAGAAGGCACUGACGAAAGAAAAAGCCAAAGCAGCUCCUCCAACCAAAGAGGCGGCAAAAGAAAAGGCCAAACCAGUCAGUUUGGAGAAAGAAGAAGGAGCGGCCAAAAAUGCCUCUCUGGUGAGACAGAGGGUCAAAAUAGUCCUCACAAAGAAAGUGGUGAAGCUGCCAAAGGAGAAAGCCAAAGCCAAAGCAGCCGCUACAAAGACAGCUCCUGAGGUUUCAAAGCAGAAGCUCAAACCAGCUGCUAAAGAGCGAGACGCUCCUCCACUAAAGGCAAAGCCAGCUCCUGUAGUAAAAGAGUCGGACGCACCACAUAAAAACAUUUCCCUUUCCAAGAAGAAGGUGAGAGUGGUGCCUCUGAAAAAAGUGUCUCUCACUGCGAGGGAAAAAGUCAAACCGACACCAACAACUAAAGCUGAAGAUGUCAAGGAGAAAAAGGUUGAGUCAGCGACUCCCGAAAAAGAAGCCAAAGUUUCAAAGCAGAAAUUGAAACCAGCUAAGCCAAAGAAAGCUGCUCCAGUAAAAGAGAAACCGGCGCCAGCAGUCAAAGUGUCGGAAGUGCCGCAUAAAAAUGUCUCCCUCACUAAGGAGAAGCCAAAGGCGGUGCCACUGAAGAAAGUGCCGGUCACUCCAAAAGAAAAAGUCAAACCGGCAGUCACACAAAAAGGAGCUGAAGCUGUCAAGGAGAAGAAAGCUGAACCAGCGUCUCCCAAAAAAGAAGCUGAAGCUGUCAAGGAGAAGAAGGUUGAACCAGUGACUCCUAAAAAAGCAGCUGAAGUUUCAAAGAAGAAGCUCAAAGCAGCUCCAACCAAGAAAGUGGCUGCUCCGGGGAAGGCAAAAGCAGCACCAACAUUCAAAGAAUCAGAAGCACCACACAAAAAUGUCUCCUUAGCGAAGGAGAAAGUGAAGGUGGUGCCAUUAAAGAAAGUGAGCGUGACUCCAAAAGAAAAGGUCAAACCAGCACCAACAAAAAAAGAAGCUGUCAAAGAGCAGGUUGAGCCACUGACUCACAAACCAGCGGCUGUUACCAAAGCAAAACCCUCAGCAGCUAAAAAGAAGAAAGAUUCUGAAGACAAACCAUCAAGUCUUCCCAAAAAAGAGCCAGUUGUUAAAAAGGAGAAACCAAAAUUAACUCAUGAAAAGAAAGAAGCUGAAGCUGUCAAGGAGAAGAAGGCUGAACCAGUGUCUCCUAAAAAAGCAGCUGAAGUUUCAAAGAAGAAGCUCAAAGCAGCUCCAACCAAGAAAGUGGCUGCUCCGGUGAAGGCAAAAGCAGCACCAACAGUCAAAGAAUCAGAAGCACCACACAAAAAUGUCUCCUUAGGGAAGGAGAAAGUGAAGGUGGUGCCAUUAAAGAAAGUGAGUGUGACUCCAAAAGAAAAAGUCAAACCAGCACCAACAAAAAAAGAAGCUGUCAAAGAGCAGGUUGAGCCACUGACUCACAAGCCAGCGGCUGUUACCAAAGCAAAACCCUCAGCAGCUAAAAAGAAGAAAGAUUCUGAAGACAAACUAUCAAGUCUCAAAAAAGAAGCUGAAGCUGUCAAGGAGAAGAAGGUUGAACCAGUGUCUCCAAAAAAAGCAGCUGAAGUUUCAAAGAAGCUUAAAGCAGCUCCAACCAAGAAAGCGGCUGCUCCGGUGAAGGCAAAAGCAGCACCAACAGUCAAAGCUGUCAAAGAGCAGGUUGAGCCACUGACUCACAAACCAGAAGCUGUCAAAGAGCAGGUUGAGCCAGUGACUCACAAGCCAGCGGCUGUUACCAAAGCAAAACCCUCAGCAGCUAAAAAGAAGAAAGAUUCUGAAGAAAAACCAUCAAGUCUCCUCAAAAAAGAAGCUGAAGCUGUCAAGGAGAAGAAGGCUGAACCAGCGUCUCCUAAAAAAGCAGCUGAAGUUUCAAAGAAGAAGCUCAAAGCAGUUCCAACCAAGAAAGUGGCUGCUCCGGUGAAGGCAAAAGCAGCACCAACAGUCAAAGAAUCAGAAGCACCACACAAAAAUGUCUCCUUAACAAAGGAGAAAGUGAAGGUGGUGCCAUUAAAGAAAGUGAGUGUGACGCCAAAGGAAAAGGCCAAAGCAGCACCAACAAAAAAAGAAGCUGUCAAAGAGCAGGUUGAGCCAGUGACUCCCAAACCAGCGGCUGUUACCAAAGCAAAACCCUUGGCAGCUAAAAAGAAGAAAGACUCUGAAGACAAACCAUCAAGCCUCCUCAAAAAAGAAGCUGAAGCUGUCAAGGAGAAGAAGGUUGAAACUGUGUCUCCUAAAAAAGCAGCUGAAGUUUCAAAGAAGAAGCUCAAAGCAGCUCCAACUAAGAAAGUGGCUGCUCCGGUGAAGGCAAAAGCAGCACCAACAGUCAAAGAAUCAGAAGCACCACACAAAAAUGUCUCCUUGGCAAAGGAGAAAGUGAAGGUGGUGCCAUUAAAGAAAGUGAGCGUGACUCCAAAAGAAAAAGUCAAAGCAGCACCAACAAAAAAAGAAGCUGAAGCUGUCAAGGAGAAGAAGGUUGAACCAGUGUCUCCUAAAGAAGCAGCUGAAGCUUCAAAGAAGAAGCUCAAAGCAGCUCCAACCAAGAAAGUUGCUGCUCCAGUGAAGGCAAAAGCAGCACCAACAGUCAAAGAAUCAGAAGCACCACACAAAAAUGUCUCCUUGGCAAAGGAGAAAGUGAAGGUGGUGCCAUUAAAGAAAGUGAGUGUGACUCCAAAAGAAAAAGUCAAACCAGCAAAAACAAAAAAAGAAGCUGUCAAAGAGCAGGUUGAGCCAGUGACUCACAAGCCAGCGGCUGUUACCAAAGCAAAACCCUCAGCAGCUAAAAAGAAGAAAGAUUCUGAAGAAAAACCAUCAAGUCUCCUCAAAAAAGAGCCAGCUGUUAAAAAGGAGAAACCAAAAUCAACUCAUGAAAAGAAAGAUUUAGACAUUAAGAAGGAGAAACUCAAACCAGCUCAUGGAAAGAAGGCACCUUCUAAGGUGGAGGCUGAAACAAAGAAGGAAAAAGCCAAACCUCGACUGAAGAAGAAAGAGCUCAGAGCACCACAGGAGAAAGUUAAACCAGCUGUUAAGAAAGCUGGAUUGAGAAAAAAGAUCAAACCGGUCCGUGUGAAGAAAGACCUGGAGACCCAUAAAGAAAAGGACAAACCAGCUGCAGCAAAGAAAGUUGAGAAGAAGGUUGUCAAACAAGAGGACGCUAAAGAAGAAAGACGAGUUCUCAAAGAGAUACAGGAGCCUGCAAAGAAAGAAAAACCUGUUGAGAAGAAAGUUGCCAAAGAGGAGAAAGCCAAAGCGGAGCCGGCCGUAUCAGACAGCUUCGUCAUGGAAGACGAGAUGCCCUACUUCCAGUGUUUCUUUGUGGACGAAGAGGAGGCCCAGUUCCCCUUUUAUGCCUUCUCGCCGCUGCAGAUUUGACUCCUCGGGUCUGAAUCCAGUGGGAUAUUUUAAACUCAGUCACUGAUUACGACGCGGUCGCAUCACCACGAGACCCCGCACUGCUCAAACCGCUCAGGUUCGAGCGGGAAACUCUGCACCACAGAGGAUGAUGGGUAGUUCUACGUGAUGGGCCCAAGUGUUUUUUUUUUCCAGUAUUGGUUGAGCUCUCAUGCCAAAUGCAUGCAGCCAGUGUCAUUCCUUUAUUAUUUUUUUAAAAAUUUGUAUUAGUCAUUUUGUUGUUUUUUUUAGAGGUGGAACAAUCUCAUGUUUUAACUUCUGUGGAUCAUUCAUUUCCAACCUUCAACGCCACAUUUAAAGGAAUUUUGUUUACUGUAUUAUAUAAAAGUCCAUGGUACAGCUCAGUGGUGCAGUUCUUUUUAAAAGAAGCAACAAAGUGUGAAAAAUGUGCAGCUAUGCUGUCAGCCGGGUACAAUAAUGGCCACAUUCAUACAAGGGGGAUUCAGGAGAAUUAAGUCACCUGAAUCUCUAUUUACUUGAAAAAAGUGUGGACUGGAAUCUGUGUCAUUAUAACUUCUUUUUUUUCUUCUUCUUAUAAUGUGAUCAUUGCAGUAACAUUGUUUUCACAUUUUUUCUUUCCCUCAAACAAAAGCAAAUAUAUUGUUUUAGCAUCUUUUAUUGUUCUCCUGUUAUUUUGUCAGUAUUAAAAGGAAUGACCAUGCACUGUAUCAGAGAGCUCCCAUACAUACUGAUGAAAACUACCUGAAAUGUUGAAAGUCUUAUUAAAUCGUACCAUCUGCACGUCUGCACCAGCUCUUCUUUUUAAUUGAUGGUGCUGACACUGUUCUCUCAGAAGGAGUUCAGUUUUUAACGUUUCUACCGUCGAGUGUCACGUUCACUCUGUAAUUCCUUGAUCGACCAAAAACACACUGACUUCAGUGACCUGUUUAUCAAGGCGCGCCAAGUAGAAACUUGACAUAUUUAUUUCCAUCUGCAUUUAUGAUGUCAGUGCCCAGCUUGUUAUUACAUCUCAUUUUAGCUGUGCUAAAAAGCAUCCUGAUAUAAACAGGUGUAUUUUUUUUUUGUGUUUUGUGUUUUAUGAAACCUUGAGAUGCACAAUAAGAACUCUGAGAGGGAUUUCGAACACACAGCUUGUGUAUGUUGGUCAUACACUAAACGCCAAGUCAGAGUAUUCGCGGCCUCCGAGACAUGAAAGACAAACAUAACACCUGUGUCACUCAGACUGAGUCUGAUGUGUAAAAACAUUUUUGCAUGUUUGCUUGUAACGACACAUGGCACGUGUUUCUGCAGAUGUAAUUUCUCAGCCGGCUACAUAUGGCUCUUUACAUUUUGCUCCAUAUGCCGCGUCGAAGGCCGUUAUUAGAGCUAAUCCUGAGUCUAUUUACAAUGCAAAUCCAAUUUAUGUUUUUAAUUCAAAUAACAGGGACGCAGGGUUAUUUUUAGUGUGGGAAGGAUGCAGCUCUCAGGGAGCUCAGUGUAUGAACAGCUGGAGUUUGAUGGAGAUGUUCCUGUUUAUGAAUAUUUAUGAUGACAAAGGUAAAAUAUUAAUUUUAUUGUGAUUUGUAUCUAAACAUUCACUUUCAGGUGAAUAUGUGCAAUAUUUAGUUGUUUUCUUGUUUGUUUUUUUGUCAUCUCAGUGGUCAUAGCGACUGACCCAUACUCGAUGAAUAUCCUGUGCAUGGCGUGUGUGAGUUUGUAGGACCUUUUUGUCCUAACUGGUGAUUUAAUAAUGACGCAAACACUUGAAUACACAUCUGACAUGUGUCUCAAAAUGGUGUUGUCACCAUCUGUUCCCAAACGAUCUUUAUUGAAAUAAUCUGAAUGUAAAUAUUGAAAGAAAUGAGGGGGGGCGGCAGGGGAGAUACACAGUGGAAAACUGCACUUUAACAGCGGUCAAAUCACGUAAUGUAACAUUUGUCAGUGACUCCCUAUGCUUGUGAAUAGUUGCAAUUUGGCAUUAAAUCCUAGAAAUGCGCGUGUUUGUCUUUUCUUCCAAUGCUCCUGCCACAACAUUUACAGCACAAAUUGGACUGCAGCUUUUCUUCAGAGACAGAACAAGCUAAGAACGAACACACGCGCACACACGCACGCACGUCACACACACACGCACACGUGCGUGUGUGUGUGUGCAGAUGAUCUUGUCUUCAUACAGUAUUUCCCUAAUGAGACCCGAGAGGGGUUA